GGACACACUAAUAUUCAUGCUGGAGCAGCUUUAGACAGUUUGCCAGAUAAGUUUUGAUAAGGUCACAGUGGAAAUGACCGCGCACAGUAGGUAUGACUUUUGCUCAUUUUAAGGAGUAGUUUUUGACGAGGAUGUCUAGAACUGGUAAUUCUAAUGGACCGCGGGGCACCUACCUAGCUUGCUAACCUGAAUGUUAGGAGAAGUUGUAUGAGAUUGCGUCGGAGUCUAUCCUGACUUGUCUUGCUGUGCUAAUCAAGGCAAUGUCCGUAUCAGUCCGUAAGUGAAGACUCGAUUACCGUAUCAAGGAGAAUGUUUCCGUGCAUACAUUUUUUGAAGAUGGAAAUGUUUUGUUUAAAUAUGUUAUUGGAACUAUAUCACCUUGAGCUUAGGCUGCAAUACUAGUCUCCUCUCGUGGCGCUAAGGUAAAUUCACCAGAUACAUUUCUUUCCCCAGAGCACAUACCAAAGGUCUGUUAAAGGGAUAACGUUCUUAGAUAAUUUUGAAGAAACUAGCUUUGUGGUAGGCCUAUUUGUCCAAGGCUACAUUUCAGUUGUCCGGAAAACUAGAAUGGAGUUAAUGUGCGUGCGUUUCGUAAGACAGAACUUUUUGCGUUCUCUUCCAACCAACAGCCAAGCUUUUAUUCUUAAAUCGCUUAGAUGGUAUUGUGUUGGUAGAGGCGAGCUACAGAAAUGCUGUAGGCCUACCCCGUGUUUAGAGAGUGUUCACGGAUCUCGGAGCAUUCGGGUGUUUGGAAAGAAAAACAAAACCUGUCAACCUUCAAGAGAGCUGACAAGCCCGAACCAGUGUCUCAACGCAAGGACAAGCCUCAACACUUUUGGCAGCCAUCGGUUAAAAGGGAAUUUCAACAUCGUCUCUACCGUCACCUUACGGAAACAGUUUUUCCAUACCUCUGGGCGUCUACAAGCUUUACCUGCUCCGCUUCUGUGGCUUGUGUUAAAGCCAAUUCAAAAGCUCCUGGCCAUUAUACUAGGCAGGAGCCUCAGGAAGUGGUGGAUAGCACUUUCUCCCAACAAGCAGCAGCUUCUGCGUGAGACGGCAUGGCGACGAAGGUGGCACCUGGCAGCCGGAGCAGCAGGACUGCUGGUUGUCAUGGCGAUCUUCCUGCUCACACACCUGGAUGAGUCACCGGUGACGGGACGCACCAGACUGCUUGUGUUCAGCAGGGAGAACUUCUUGGAGCUGGCCAACUUGACUGCAGAACAGCACAUGGAGGAGUUUAAGGACAUCAUCAUCUCCCCAAAAGACCCCAGGCACCAGGUGGUGGAACGGGUGGUGCAACACCUGGCUGAAAGGAACCAGGACAUUGCUGAGAUCUCCACUGUACCCUGGAGCGUCCACGUGGUGGACAGUCCCACCAUGAAUGCCUUUGUGCUACCGAACGGGAAGGUGUUCAUCUUCACGGGGAUGCUGGAGGCAGUGGCAGACAUUCAUCAGCUGACCUUUAUUCUGGGACAUGAGAUGGCCCAUGCCCUCAUCGGACACUCUGCGGAGCAGGCCAGCAUGUCCCAUGUGGUGGACUUCCUGUCCCUGAUCCUGCUGACUGCCAUCUGGGCCGUGUGUCCACGGGACAGCCUGGCUGCGCUGGGCCAUUGGAUCCAGGGCAAGCUUGUGCAGUUCAUGUUUGAUCGGCCGUACAGCAGGAAGCUGGAGGCGGAGGCGGACCAGGUCGGACUGCAGCUGGCUGCCAAGGCGUGUGCGGACGUGCGGGCCGGGCCAGUGUUCUGGCAGCAGAUGGAGAUCUCGGAUCAGCUGCGGGGCGAGCCCACCGUGCCCGAGUGGCUCUCCACCCACCCGUCCCACCGGAACCGGGUCAACCAACUGGACCGCCUCAUCCCUCAGGCUCUGGAGCUGAGGGCCAGCUGCGACUGUCCGGCGCUGCCCGCCACUGACCCGCGGGCCGUCUUCUCCAAGAGCGUCCGCCAGCUGCUAAACAGCGUGAAGGAGCGAGAGAGUGCCGAGAAGGCCAAAGAGAAGGAGGGGAAAUUGUCUAUCGUCUCUGGCGGUGGUGGUGGUGGUAUCUUCCUGCCACUUCCCCAGGCUCCCUCUCCCCUGGCCCCUGGGCCCCCAGGCCAGUUAGGGGGAGUGCUGUCCCCCACGCCAGUCCUCUCUCAGGCCCUCCCCAGCAAGUGACACUCAGGAGAGCAGAACCAUACACUGGACUUUACCAUCAAUAGUAACACUCGGCAGUGGUCACCAGUAGCAUUGUAUUUUCCCACUAAUCAUCUGUCUUCUUCCUCCUCUGUUUCUCCACUGAUCUGUCAGACUUGCCUUUAGCCUUUUUCCUGUUGGGAGAUUACAUGUACGUACAUGUGAAUGUAUCUUAAGGUCUCCUCCGGUUAGCUUAGCAGUGCAGGAUGUUAGUGCUCUGGAUUCUGCAUGUUAGGAAACCUAUAUCAGAAGGCUGAUAUAUAAACCUGGAUCUGGUCUUCAGCCUGAGAUGCAUAACCAGGCAUGGCCACAGGGACUAAGCCUUGAAAUUCACACUAAUAUCCUUAUGUGAUGUGUAAUGUGACAAUCUCUCAUUUCAGUGAUGACAUAGCACAGCUGUUACUGUGUGUGUGUGUACUCUGAUUUACUGUUCAGCUGUGUGUGUGUGUGUGUGUGUGCGUGUGUGUGUGCGCAUGCGUGUGUGUGUGUGUGUGCGUACGUGUUAGAUGGAUGAGGCGUAAGUGUAAGCCUGUUUCAUUAGAGUGUAAAAUGAGUCGGGAUGCUCUCGCGUAAUGUUGACCGCAUUUCGCAGCGCAAUAUUAUCGCGUUAAUAAUGAAACCGCUCUAAAUGUGGAUGUGAUUAGCCGUAAUCGUCUGAUUAGCAUAAUGGCCCCAUACAGUGGGUAGCAUUAUGAUGUGCAUUAUUCAUCAAAGGGCCCAGGCACUUCCUUUAAUGUGUGUGCUAUAGGUUCCGGGCAGUGACGCAAGCAGCGCACUCUUCAAACCCAGUCUGACUCGCUCCAGCCUCGAGGACCAGAUGAAUUUGAGUGUUUCUCUAUCAAGUGCAGAAGUCGAGGGAGCAGAAGAAAGUGGUGUGUCAGUACAGCGUGUUGGAGGCUUUUUUUUGCCAACACUGUGGUACCUCUGUUAGUAAGGAGGGAAGAUGAGAAGAGUUCUCUCUCUCUCUCUCUCUCUCUCUCUCUCUCUCUCUCUCUCUCUCUCUCUGUGUAUGUAGGUCAGGGUUUGCACCCCCCAUUGUGUGCAUGUGAACUUCUCCAAAGGGUCCAGGUCAAGAACAUGACAAAAGGGUACUUAAAGGCAACGCACAUUGAUUUCAAUUUCACUGCUGAUUUUAAAUAUUUUGACUUUAGGACCUUCAGCAUAUUUUUGACAUGGUCUCUGUGUUUUGUUUUUAUUUUUGAAAGUAUCAUUGAGAGUGGAGGGAGGUCAUUUCUAUAACUCAAUAGCAAUAUUUUGCUGUGUUGAACAUCAGGGAAAUAAAUAUUUUACUGUAAGUAC